AUGUCAACGAGCAGCUCACGAGUCAUAAAAUGCAAAGCCGCAGUGUGCAGGGCAAAAGGGGAGCCAGUAAGGUUGGAAGAGGUAGGAAUAGAGCCACCAAAAGCAUCAGAAUUUCGGAUAAAGAUGCUUUACGCCAGCCUCUGUCACUCCGACAUCCUAUGCGCCAAUGGGCUCCCAUUCCCGGUGUUCCCACGAGCUCUAGGGCAUGAGGGUGUUGGGGUCGUGGAAAGCGUGGGCGCGGGAGUCACAGAAUUCAAAGAAGGAGACCUCGUCAUCCCCACAUUUCUCGGAGAAUGCAAGCAAUGUGAGAAUUGCAAGUCGGGACAGACCAAUGUGUGCACAACAUAUCCUAUGCCUAUGCAUGGUCUAAUGCCUGACAACACUACAAGAAUGUCUCUCGGAGGCCAAAAGUUGUACCACCUAUUUAGCUGCUCCACAUGGUCAGAGUACACAGUUGCUAAUGUCAACUAUGUUGUCAAGAUUGAUCAUCCAAAUAUGCCAUUGGCACAUGUUAGCUUCAUCUCGUGUGGCUUCACAACUGGAUUAGGCGCACCGUGGAAGGAAUGCAAGGCCGGAGAGGACUCAUCCGUUGUAGUGUUUGGUCUUGGCACGGUUAGAUUGGGCGCGAUACAAGGGGCUAGCAUGCAAGGAGCAUCCAGAAUCAUUGGCGUUGACAAAAAUGAAGUGAAAGCUGCAAAAGGACAGGUUUUUGGGAUGACUGAUUUUAUCAAUCCGGAUAAAUAUGACAAAUCUAUCGCGGAACUAAUCAGGGAGGGAACCGGAGGAAGUGGUGCAGACUAUUGCUUUGAAUGCACCGGAGCUCCACCAUUGGUGGCGGAGGCCCUGGAAGCCGUUAAACCGGGAAGAGGGACUUUGGUACAAGUGGGCGUAGGGCCUAAGCCGGCUAUGGAGGUCUUGUUUUCGACACUCUUGCAGGGUAGAACUGUGAAGGGUUAUGCUUUUGGAGGGAUAAAAACCAAGUCUGAAUUACCCAUUGUUGUGGACAAAUGUGCUAAUAAGGAGAUCAAUCUGGAUGAGCUUUUGACUCAUGAAAUUUCAUUGGAUGAAAUAGAUCAAGCAUUUGACCUGCUGAAGAAACCAGAUUGUGUCAAAGUACUUAUCAAGAUCUGAGUGAUCUUAGCAACAACUGAAAACAGAUUGUA